CAGAUCCGCUCGCAACUCUCGGGGCUUUACCGAUGCAAGGGAUGUUGGCGAGGCGCGCCGAGGACCGGCUGGGCUGCGACCGCGGGAAGGGGAUGUGAACUCCCAGAAAGAAUGACGAGGAUUGCUACCGUUGCUCUUCUUUUGCAGCUGUUGCAAAGAGCCCAGGGCCAGGGCUUCGCAGGCAGUUGUUCGUUUGAUGAACACUACAGUAACUGUGGUUAUAGCGUGGCACUGGGGACCAAUGGAUUUACUUGGGAGCAGAUUAACACAUGGGAGAAACCAACGAUGGAUCCGGCUGUCCCUACCGGCUCUUUCAUGAUGGUGAACAGCUCUGGGAGGGCAUCUGGUCAAAAGGCUCACUUGCUUUUACCAACCCUGAAGGAAAACGAUACCCAUUGCAUAGACUUCCAUUAUUAUCUCUCCAGCCGAGACCGCUCCAGCCCUGGAUCAUUGAACGUUUAUGUGAAGGUGAAUGGUGGACCUCAGGGCAACCCUAUCUGGAAUGUCUCUGGAAUUGUUACAGAAGGUUGGGUGAAGGCGGAACUCGCUAUAAGCACAUUCUGGCCACAUUUUUAUCAGGUGAUAUUUGAAUCAGUUUCACUGAAGGGUCAUCCCGGAUACAUAGCUGUGGAUGAAGUCAGAGUCCUUGCCCAUCCGUGCAGAAAAGCUCCUCACUUCCUGCGGCUUCAAAAUGUGGAGGUUAAUGUUGGACAGAAUGCAACAUUCCAGUGUGUGGCUGGAGGAAAGUGGUCACAACAUGACAAACUGUGGCUACAGCAGUGGAAUGGCAGAGACACAGCUUUAAUGGUCACCAGAGUUGUAAACCACAGGCGGUUUUCUGCUACUGUCAGUGUUGCAGACACUUCGCAGCGCAGCAUCAGCAAAUAUCGAUGUGUUAUCCGCUCUGAUGGUGGAUCAGGGGUUUCAAACUAUGCAGAAUUAAUAGUUAAAGAACCUCCCACUCCUAUUGCACCUCCAGAGCUUCUAGCAGUUGGAGCUACCUAUCUGUGGAUCAAACCAAAUGCCAACUCCAUCAUUGGAGAUGGUCCAAUAAUUCUAAAAGAAGUGGAAUACCGUACAACCAAUGGGAAUUGGGCUGAAACUCAUAUUGUUGACUCGCCAAAUUACAAGUUAUGGCAUCUAGACCCAGAUGUGGAAUAUGAGAUCAGAGUUCUUCUUACCCGUCCUGGAGAUGGUGGGACAGGGCCUCCUGGGCCUCCACUGACAACAAGAACAAAAUGUGCAGAUCCAGUGCAUGGCCCCCAGAAUGUGGAGGUUGUUGACAUCCGAUCUCGCCAGCUGACAUUACAGUGGGAGCCAUUUGGUUAUGCUGUGACUCGCUGCCACAGCUAUAACCUGACAGUCUAUUACCAGUAUGUGUUCAAUCAGCAGAAAUAUGAGGCAGAAGAACUAAUUCAGACAUCAUCCCACUACACUUUGCGAGGACUUCGACCCUUCAUGACCAUCCGUCUGAAAUUGGCUCUUUCAAACCCAGAGGGCAAGAUGGAGAGUGAGGAAUUGGUGGUGCAAACUGAAGAAGAUGUUCCUGGAUCUGUUCCUCUAGAAUCUAUUCAGGGAGGGCCCUUUGAAGAGAAGAUCUAUGUUCAGUGGAAACCCCCAAAUGAGACCAAUGGGAUCAUUACACUCUAUGAGAUUACAUACAAGGCUGUUGGUUCUCUAGAUCCCACUGCUGAUCUGUCCAACCAGAGAGGGAAGGUCUUCAAACUAAGAAAUGAAACCCACCAUCUGUUUGUAGGAUUAUAUCCAGGAACUACAUACUCAUUCACCAUCAAAGCCAGCACAAUCAAGGGGUUUGGACCUCCUAUCACUACACGGAUUGCAACUAAAAUUGCAGCUCCAUCAAUGCCAGAAUAUGACACCGAUUCUCCUCUGAAUGAGACGGAGACAACCAUCACAGUCAUGCUGAAGCCAGCGCAGUCUCGCGGAGCACCUGUCAGUGUUUAUCAGCUUGUUGUGAAAGAAGAGAGGCCACAAAAGUCACGAAGAGCUGCAGAUAUCAUUGAAUGCUUCUCUGUUCCAGUGAGCUACAAAAAUGCAUCAAGCCUUGAUUCCCCCCAUUACUUUGCGGCUGAGCUGAAGCCAGUCAACUUGCCCGUCACCCAGCCUUUCACAGUAGGAGACAACAAAACCUACAAUGGCUAUUGGAAUGCUCCACUUUCACCACUGAAAAGUUAUAGCAUUUACUUUCAGGCUCUCAGUAAAGCAAAUGGGGAGAUCAAGAUCAACUGUGUCCGACUAGCAACAAAAGCACUAAUAAGUAGGCAACAGGUGACUACUCGAAAUCCGCCCAGCCUCAUGAGCACAGGAGCUUCGACACAGAAUUCCAAUGCUGUGGAACCAGAAAAGCAGGUUGAUAAUACUGUGAAAAUGGCAGGAGUUAUCGCUGGCCUUCUUAUGUUUGUAAUUAUUCUUUUGGGAGCAAUGCUUACCAUCAAGAGGAGGAGCGGUGCAGUAGAUCCAAGAAGAAAUGCAUAUUCCUACUCCUAUUACUUGAAACUAGCCAAGAAGCAAAAGGAGACUCAGAGCAGCACUCAGAGAGAAAUGGGCCCUGUUGCUACUUCAGACAAGACCACUACAAAGCUCAGUGCUGUUCAUAAUGAAGAAGCUUUUUCUUCGAGCUGCCAAGAUGUUAAUGGAUUCACACCAUCCUCUCCUUGCUCAUUUUCUGUCCAAAGCAAAACCCUUCAGAGCAAAUCAUUGUUGAAUUCCUACUACUCAGUAUCAUCAGACACUGUUCCAUCGACCACACUGUUAGACAGUAGCCAUGGGGAGAUGACUCAGCCGACAUUGACAAUCCAGACCCAUCCCUAUCGAAGCUGCGACCCCGUAGAAAUGUCCUACCCCAGGGGACAGUUCCAGCCAGCAAUCCGAGUGGCCGACUUGUUGCAACACAUCACUCAGAUGAAACGGGGACAGGGAUAUGGCUUUAAAGAGGAGUAUGAGGCUCUACCCGAGGGGCAGACAGCAUCUUGGGAUACAGCCAAAGAAGAUGAAAAUCGCAAUAAGAACAGAUAUGGCAACAUCAUCUCCUAUGAUCACUCUCGGGUCAGGCUGCAACUGCUGGAUGGAGAUCCCCACUCAGACUACAUAAAUGCCAACUAUAUAGAUGGAUAUCAUCGACCUCACCAUUACAUUGCAACUCAAGGACCGAUGCAAGAGACAGUGAAGGAUUUUUGGAGGAUGAUCUGGCAGGAGAAUUCUGCAAGUGUUGUCAUGGUUACUAACCUGGUGGAAGUUGGCAGGGUCAAGUGUGUUAGAUACUGGCCAGAUGAUACAGAGGUCUAUGGAGACAUUAAAGUCACCUUAAUUGAGACAGAACCACUGGCAGAAUAUGUCAUACGCACUUUUACAGUCCAAAAGAAAGGCUAUCAUGAAAUCCGAGAGAUUCGGCAGUUCCACUUCACCAGCUGGCCAGACCAUGGGGUUCCUUGUUAUGCCACAGGCCUCUUGGGCUUUGUUCGACAAGUGAAGUUCCUCAAUCCACCAGAGGCAGGGCCAAUUGUUGUGCACUGCAGUGCUGGUGCUGGGAGGACAGGGUGCUUUAUUGCCAUUGACAUCAUGCUUGACAUGGCUGAGAAUGAAGGUGUGGUGGACAUAUUUAACUGUGUCCGGGAGCUGAGAUCCCAGAGGGUCAAUUUGGUACAGACAGAGGAGCAAUAUGUCUUCGUUCAUGAUGCCAUUCUGGAAGCAUGCCUUUGUGGCAACACAGCCAUCCCAGUUUGUGAAUUCAGAUCCAUAUACUACAACAUCAGCAGAUUGGACCCACAGACGAAUUCCAGCCAGAUAAAAGAUGAAUUCCAGACCCUUAACAUAGUAACGCCUCGGGUCCGGCCAGAAGAUUGCAGUAUUGGACUCUUACCUAGGAACCAUGACAAGAACCGCUGCAUGGAUGUCCUCCCCCUGGAUCGGUGCCUCCCAUUCCUCAUCUCUGUUGAUGGGGAAUCAAGCAACUACAUUAAUGCUGCACUCAUGGAUAGCCACAAGCAACCUGCUGCCUUUAUAGUUACCCAGCAUCCUUUACCCAACACUGUACCAGAUUUCUGGAGGCUGGUGUUUGAUUAUAACUGUUCCUCCAUUGUGAUGCUGAAUGAAAUGGAUGCUGCACAACUCUGUAUGCAGUACUGGCCAGAGAAAACAUCCUGUUGUUAUGGGCCAAUCCAAGUGGAGUUUGUUUCUGCUGACAUAGAUGAAGAUAUCAUCAACAGGAUAUUCCGGAUUUGCAACAUGGCAAGGCCCCAAGACGGGUACCGUAUUGUUCAGCAUUUACAGUAUAUUGGCUGGCCAGCAUAUAGAGACACACCUCCUUCCAAACGCUCUCUAUUGAAGGUUGUCAGACGGCUAGAGAAAUGGCAGGAACAGUAUGAUGGACGAGAUGGGAGAACUGUGGUCCAUUGCUUGAAUGGCGGUGGCCGCAGUGGCACCUUCUGUGCCAUAUGCAGUGUGUGUGAAAUGAUCCAGCAGCAAAACAUCAUUGAUGUUUUUCACAUAGUGAAAACCUUACGGAACAACAAGUCCAACAUGGUGGAGACACUGGAACAGUAUAAAUUUGUAUACGAAGUUGCACUGGAAUACUUGAGUUCAUUUUAGUUCAUGAGGGCAGGGAGCUUUCCAAAUUCCAAGAGCCUUGAUGUUUGAAGAAUGCUAGUUCCCCCCCUCACUUGAAAGGAAUAUCGGGGUUAAUAGAGUAAAGCUCUUCAUCCUUGAGUGAGAGACUGGGUCAGUUUUCACUGCUGAAGGAGGAGAGAUCUGCUGCCAUCUGCUUUCUACAGGAGCCUCUCAUUUUUUAAACAGCCUAUGAUACAAAUUGGCAAACCAGAAGACAGGCUGGAAGAUUCUGCUUUCUAAUCCCUUCUGACCGCUUCUCUCUGCCAUUUUGGAUGUGCAUUUUUGUUUCUCCUUGAAUACAGAUGAAAAAAAAAAUACUGGGAUAAUCCACCGUCUUUUAGCUCCUCUUCCUAUUUUCCACAAAUCCUCACUUUAUGUUUUUAAUUUCAAAUAUCAGCCAUUUGGCAAAGGAGGAAAGCUUCAGUAGACACACGCUGAAGCUUUCAGCACCGUAAGCCUUUGUGAUCUGUUUUUCCAAAUGAAAAGGCCGUGGCCAUGAAGCUGUAAUUUUCUAUCUGCUGCCAUCAUCCCUUGAUUUAGAAGCCAGCCAUGGAACCAAGAAGCUGCUGUGAAUUUUCUGCCUCAGUUGCUAAGCAGUGCUGCUAGAUUUCCAGUAUUGUGCAUGGGUUGGUUACAUCUUAAUGGUUCCUAUUAGCUGCAGCUCUGGUAAAGCAAUUCUGUAAAGGCUCCUGAAUUGAGGACAUCCUAAUAUGACAAGCUUCAAGCUAUUAUUGUUCUUUGAUUUGUAAUGAAGCUAAUUUCCAUUUUACCUUUACGUAUUUGUUUGUGUGCAGUGUCUCUUUAAAAAGAGGUUGAAAUGGAAGGAUGAUCCUAAAAUGUUUGCCUGUAUUACAAUGCAUUGGGGCUUUCUCUCCAGCACCCAUAAACCUUUCUAUAAGGACCUGUCAUGUCAUGCAAUGUGGGAUCAUCAGGUUGGCAGGGUCGUCAUAGACUGGGUUGGCUGAUGUCAUGAAAGGCAUUGAUUCUAUAAGAAUAGAUAAUAGCAAUUUCCCACCUUCUUAUUAACUUUUGUAUGAAAACUCAAUAUGAGUUUCUAGUACAGUCAAAUCUAUUAGCACAAAACAGGAUUGCUAGUCAAAAUUCCCCAAAUAAGUGGUGUGAUGAAGCUGUAGUAUUCAGCCUAAGUAGCACAGGGUUGUCAUGGUUCAAUACAAGGCAGAGCACCUAGAAUUAAAUAGGUGUUCUCAGACAACACUCCAGCAAUGAAAUUCCUAAAUGGGACUUGGUAAAAUGGUUGUGAUGGAAGUUAUGUCCCUUUGCCAUUUAUACAAAAAGAUAGAAAUAUGUCAACAGUCCCAUAUUCUUAAUCCCCAACAUGAGAACCCAUUUGCCUAUCAAAAGAAGAGAACUUUAUGUAGAAGUAAGGAAGCAUGCCCAAAGAAGAUAGAUAGUGGGAAAGAUCGAAAUUAUAUACUACAGAGUUUUCUGUGAAGUCCCAAGAAGCUAUUCUUGGAAAUGAACAUCAGACGAUUCUGUUUUGUUUCUCGGGUCAACAAUUAUAUUAAGGAGCUCUAGAACCACUAGUAAACUGGUUAAUAUGAAGUGGCUGAAUUCCAUUUAAUUAUGAACAGUAAAAUCCUGUUGAAAUGAAGUAGCUAUUACAAUGCUUGAUA